UCCUCGCUGUGCUUCACCUCACCACCGUCUCCGGGUUUUCUCCACCGAUUCCAAUGGCCUCGCACCACCAGCACCACCACCUCCCCUCCCACCUCGCCCCCGCCGCGGCCCUACUCCUCGCCUUCCUCCUCGCGCCGCCGGCCGCCGCCCUGACGCCGCUCUGCGGCAAGAACAGCAACUACACCGCCAACAGCACCUACCAGGCCAACAUCCGGGCCCUCUCCCUAACCCUACCCAAGAGCGCCAACUCGUCGCGGACGCUCUUCGCGACCGGAAGAGUCGGCGCCCUGCCGGACAUCGUCUACGCGCUCGCCCUCUGCCGCGGCGACACCAGCGCCUCCGCCUGCGGCGCCUGCGUCGCCACCGCCUUCCAGGACGCGCAGCAGCUCUGCGCCUACGACAGGGACGCCUCCGUCUUCUACGACCCUUGCUUCCUCCGCUUCUCCGACCAGAACUUCGUGUCCGACACCAGCGGCGACAACGGCAACUCCAUCGCCCUGAUGAACACGCAGAACGUGACCGCGCCGGUGAAGCUGUUCGACGACGCCGUGGGCGUGCUGCUUAACGCCACCGCGGAUUACGCGGCCGCGAACUCCUCCAGGCGGUUCGGCACAGGGGAGGCCGGGUUCGAGACGGUCGACAAGGGGUACCCGAAGAUUUACGGGCUUGCGCAGUGCAGGCCGGACAUGGCAUCGGCCGAUUGCCGGAGCUGCCUCGCGAAUAUCAUCAGGGACAUGCCCAAAUUCUUCAGCGGGAAGCAGGGUGGUAGGAUUAUUGGAAUUCAGUGCUUCUACAGGUAUGAGCAGUAUCCGUUCUUCUUCGGGCCUUCGCUGCUGCAGCUCCCGGCGCCUUCCUUGGGGGCAGCUCCAGAGCCGGCGCCGGCGAACGCGACGCCACCGGAAACCGGAGGAGGUGGAACAACGAACAGUGCUGGUAGGAUUUUAGCGAUUGCCCUGCCUAUAGCCGCUGCAAUUAUGGCUGCUGUCAUGUUUUGCCUUUGUCUGUGGAUGAGGAAGAGGAAACCGGCACGAAAGCAAUCACUAGCUUAUCCAACCAAUCCAGAGGACAUACAGACUAUCGAUUCACUCAUUCUUGACCUAUCAACUCUACGAGUCGCAACAGAUAACUUUGAUGAAAGCAAUAAACUUGGCGAAGGAGGGUUUGGUGCAGUUUAUAAGGGAGUCCUUGCUGGCGAUGAGGAAAUAGCAGUUAAAAGACUCUCACAAAGUUCUCGACAAGGGAUAGAGGAGCUAAAAAAUGAGCUUGUUUUGGUUGCUAAGCUUCAACACAAGAAUUUAGUGAGACUUCUCGGUGUUUGCUUGGAAGAAAAUGAAAAAUUACUUGUGUAUGAAUACAUGCCCAACAAAAGCAUUGACACCAUUCUUUUUGAUCCUGAUAGAAGCAGUCAGCUAGAUUGGGGAAAGAGAUUUAGGAUUGUCAAUGGGAUUGCUCGAGGCUUACAAUAUCUCCAUGAAGAUUCUCAGCUCAAAAUAAUUCAUCGGGACCUUAAAGCAAGCAAUGUUCUGUUAGACAAUGAAUUUAAUCCUAAGAUUUCAGAUUUUGGGUUAGCAAGGCUGUUCGGAAGUGAUCAAUCACAAGAUGUCACGAACCGUGUCGUCGGAACCUAUGGAUACAUGGCUCCGGAGUACGCUAUGCGUGGGAAUUACUCCAUCAAGUCCGAUGUGUUUAGCUUUGGUAUUUUAAUACUAGAAAUCGUCACAGGAAGAAGGAACAGCGGCUCAUUUGACUCGGAGCAAUCUGUUGAUCUCUUAAGUUUUGUAUGGGAGCAUUGGACAAUGGGAACAAUUCUAGAAACAAUGGAUUCAUCCCUGACUAAGCAUUCUCCUGGAGACCAGAUGCUGAAGUGCAUUCACGUGGGACUUCUUUGUGUUCAAGAAGACCCGGCAGAUAGACCGAUGAUGUCGGUGGUGAAUGUCAUGCUGAGCAGCAGCACCGUGUCACUCCAAGCUCCAUCUAGGCCAGCAUUUUGCUUCCAAAAUUGGGGCACCAAAGAUUCAGACAUGCACUCGGAGCCAUUCCGAGGAGUUUCGCAGUCCACGGACAGGUUGCCUAUGUCACCGAACGAAGUUUCGAUUACUGAACUUGAACCGAGAUAAGUUUCAGAUUAUCGUGGAGUUUAUUGUGUGUAUCAUCUUGCAAAAAUUAUCAAGUUUGAUGUAGGGGCAGAGCCUUCUUCAUAUGUAUUAUUUACUCAUCCCCUUUCCCGCAUGGUAUAUAUUUUACGAUCUCAAUGGCAGAUUACAAUAGUAGUUGUCCAGUUGAUUGUAUUGGGAUUGUCUAUUUAUUGGGCGACUAAACAUUUAUAGUGAAAUUUUAAAAAUAUAGUGAAAGGAUAUUUACCUGGCAUAAGCCAUUUUUAUU